AUGAACUCCCGCAAGAUCAGGAUCAAGAAACUCAACGUCAAACAGCCACUUUCCAUCCUCAAAGAAGAUGAGAUCGAUGCAACCGAAUAUGAGUCCCUAACACAAGAGCUCCAAGUCGCCACUGGAGUCGAGGCCGGCGAAGAGAACGAAUACCAUCUGCAAGUCCUCUUGAAGACGGCGGGCCAAAAAGUUGACAAUGAGAUCCCUGUGCCACCUCCGCAGGAGAGUUCAACCUCGUAUGAGGAGCUCUACAGCCGGCCUUACUCAGAACCCGCAUCCUAUGUCCGUUUCAGUCAGACCGUCGAGGAAUGCAUAGGCUGCAACUAUGACAUGACCGAGGAAGAUGAUGCCUUUCUCAAGGAGUACAACGCGAAACGGCCCGCUGCCCAGCGACUGUCUGAAGAUGAUUUCGAAAAAGUCAUGGAGGCUUUCGAGGAGAACGCUUCUCAUCAUACGCCUUUCGCAGCCGUUGACAAGACGAUACUGGAUUAUGAAGCCAUGGCGCCUGAUCUUAACGUGCUGCUCCCUGCCAAGGUGAUGACGCAUUCAAAAGCCGUGUAUGAGCACUGGAAGUCACGCAAAGAAGCCAUGGGGAAUGGUUCGUUGCAGCCAGUUCUGAAGUUCGAGACGCACCAGGAAAGCGAUGACCUCGACCCGUACAUCUGCUUCAGGCGGAGAGAGGUUCGACAGACCCGUAAGACGAGGGCGAGAGACGUGCAGAGUGCGGACAAGCUCAAACGCCUGCGGAAAGAGCUUGAGGAGGGCCGCCAGCUCAUCCUGAUGUCUCGUGAACGUGAAAUUCUGAAGGGAGAGUUGCUCCGAGCCGACAGGAUGAUAUUCGAGAAGAGAGCCCAGGUGAAGGAGAUGAAAGUCCGCCUGGGCAUCAAGGGCGAUGACGAAGACCUCAUCAACCAGAAGGCUCCACCGAAGAAGAAGCACUCAGAAACGCCAGCCGCACAGAGGGCAGCAGGUGCUGGUGCCAUCCGCCUGCAGCAACCUCGGCCCCUUGGCCCAGUCGAAGUGGAGCUGCCUCUGCUCGAGGCCAAACUUGCCAGACAGAAUGAGGAGCUUCGUAGUGACAUCAUGACCAAGAUCCAGAAUCAUCAGAACUGGAAUAGGAAUCAUGUGGAUCUCACCAAGAGUCCCCUUCCGCCAGUGGAAAACCGUCAGCCAAGUUUCAGGGCGGCCCAGGCUCAAUAUCUGUUGACACCUCCUGCAAGUAGUGCGUCAGGGGAGUCAGGGGAGCCGACUCCGAUGGAUCUUGACGACGGCAUUCCUUCAGCGGUCUUCCAAUUCAAGGGUGCCCCUGUUGACGAGAACAAUCCGCCGCAGAUGAUGGCGUACCGUCGGCGCGUUGGUCGAUUGAAUAGGUUGUGGAUCGACAGGCGGCCGCAGAAGUCCGCACAAUCGCCCCAGGCCAGCCCCGAUACCGACCGAUGGAAGUAUGACCAAGACGAGAGCGACGACGACCAGCCCAUGUAUGAGGUCGACCCAUACGACACGACUUGCAUCAGAUUCAGAGCGACAAUACCGCUGUCCUUCCAAGACCCGCGACGUCAUCAACGGCAGCUCGAGGCUGCCGCCCAAGCCCAAGCUGCUGCGAUGCAAGCUGCCUCAAAUGGCCAGCCGCUACAGCAGGGUGCGCAGGGUGCUUCCAAACCACCUCCUGUCGCCCAAAAACAGGACAGCUGA